UCUCAGUUAAAUUGACCAAAAGUUAUGGAGUUAUAUCUGCAUUUUUAUAUAAAUAUUCAAAAACAAAAAAUAAAAUUCCAAAGAAUUUAACAAAAAUAGGGAGGAUAAAGCAAAAAAAUUAAAACAAAAUAUUUUUUUAAAGUAAAUAUUGAAAGACGUGUUAAAAAUUUAAUUCUUGUGGAACAAAAAAUGUCAAAAUCAUUUGAAAAAUAUUCGAAUACUUUACAAAGAUUUUCUAAUUGGGAUGAAACAGAAUUGUAUUUAGAAUUAGGGGAAAUAUCUCCUUUAUUUUUACCUUCAAGUAUUUCUAUUGAUUUUGUUAAAAUUUUGAAUGAAAUUGCUAGUGAAGGAAAUCCUUUAAUUAAUGAAAAAACAAAAAUUUUAAUAUUGGGAACUGAAAUAUUAAAAGAAUAUCGUUUAAUAAUUGAAUGGGCAGAAAAUGAAGAUGGAGGAAAUGUUUUGUCUGAUUAUUUGGAUUGGGCAUUAAUUUGGAGAAUUUUAUUUGAAUUAGAUUUUCGAUUUUCGAAUUUACUAAAUUCUUAUAAAAAAGAUGAAAUUGGGUGUGUGAGGAAUUUUGUUAGAAUUUAUUUUAAACAUUGGCUUGAUAAAUUAUAUGUAGAGAAGUUUGUUGAUAAAAAGGUUAUUGGACAAGUAGAAAAUAUUUUUAGUUUUAUUAAACAAAGUUUUGGACAAUUAAUUACUGAAGCUGAUUGGAUUGGAGACGAAUCUAAAAAUAAAGCAAAAAUUAAAUUAUCAAAAAUGAAACAAAAUAUUGGAUAUUUUAAAUUAAAUGAAGAUUUAAUAUUUUUAAAUAAAUUAUAUAAAAAAUAUAAAAUUGAAGAAAAUAUGUCUUGGAUGGAAAUGUUUGUACAAUUAAAUAGAAAUUAUUAUUUAUGGCCAACAAUUGAUUAUCAAGCAUCUUUCUUUGUUGAUGGUUAUUAUAAAUGGGCAUUUAAUUCAUUAGCUAUUUAUGGCGGAAUUAUGCAUUCUCCUUGGUUUGACCCAACAUUCUCCGAACCUUUAAAUUUUGGAGGUAUAGGAACUUUAUUAGGCCACGAAAUUUCUCAUGGAUUUGACUCUUCUGGUUUUCAUUUUGAUGAAAAUGGAGAUAGAAUUGAUGAAAAGGAUGUAGAUAAAGAGAUGAAUAAAAAAAUGGAAGAAAAAUUUGAAUGUUUUAUUCAACAAUAUAAUAAUUAUGAGAAUAACAAUUUACGUCCAAAUACUCGUUUUACAUUAUCUGAGAAUAUUGCAGACAAUGCAGGUAUUCGGGCGUCAUAUAAAGCUUGGAAAUUAUUUACAACUUCUCCAAAGAAAAUUAAAACUUUAAACAAAUCUUUAAAUCAAUUCACUGAAGAACAAAUAUUUUUUAUUGGAAAUGCUUUUACUUAUUGUUCUGUAAUGACUGAAGAAGAUAAAAAUAAUUAUGCAAAAACAGAUAAUCAUGCUUUCCCUAAAGCAAGAGUUAAUUUACCUCUUAGUAAUUUUCAAGCAUUUGCAAAAGCAUUUGAAUGCAGUUCUGGAACAAGGAUGAAUAAUAAUGAACAAAAAUGUCAACUUUGGUAGUAAAAUGAAUUGAAAAAUGAAUUGAAAAAAUUUUGUUUUUAUUUUUAUAUUUUUAAAUUUUAUUUUAAAAUAAUAAAUUGACUCUCGUUAUAUAAUCCAACCCUAAAAGACCGUAUGUGGGAAUAUAUCCCUGUGGUAUGAAAAUUUGUACUAUAAAAGAGUAAAUUAUGAGUUUUUAACAAUCAACAUUCAAUUAGUGUCGCUGGUUUGCUGCUUGCCGUUCUUCGCUUCCUAAGGUAAUUUGAAUUAUUUUUUUCUUGUUUUGUUUUCAAUAUGUACAUUUUACUCAAUUUAGAUGAAAUCUG